AUGGCCGAACGCAGAUCAACCAUGGCUGAACACUUCAGCCAGAAGCCGUCCGAGUCCCGUCUCUCCAUUCCGACACCUGCACGUAUUCCUCUCGCUGGCUUGGUUGGUUUCGGUAUUGGAACGACAUUGGGCAUUGCUCAAGGAGGCCAGACCGCACAGCUACGUUUCCGUGCCGAGCACGCGCACAAGAUGCCCACUACCACCACGGGCUGGUACCUCUAUCAUAAGAGCAAGAACUAUCACACCAUGUACGGCGGUCUCCGCGAGGGCCUGCGUAUGGGUGCUCGACUCAGUUUCUGGACCCUGAUGGCGUUUGGUCUUGAGAGCACUGUAGAUAGAUACCGAGGGAGCACAGAUCUUCUCAGCACCGUUCUGGCCAGUUUAACUGUAGCUGGUAGCUUCAGUCUCGUGAAUCGUUUCUCUCUACCAACUGCUGCGCGCACGGCGAGAUACGGAUUACUCUUCGGGCUGGUAUACGGCGGGUUGCAAGACGCCGUCGGACUUGCUCGCGGCCGGCCCGUCGGGUAUGUUGAGUUCGUUCGCAAACGCUUCGGUUCUGGGAUGAAGGCCCAAGUAGAAGAAACACAGCAAGCCUAG